AUGACAAAAAGACUAGUUGCUUAUUUUCUUAUUAAUAGAGUUUUAGAAGAAACGAUUAGAGGGGAUCAUUGUGAAAACAAAAGUAUACAAGAGCAAGCAGAUCCUACCUUGAUUCCUAAAACUAUUAUUACCUUGAAUCAGGUAGAAGCUUCUAAAUUUUCUUAUAUCGUCAGUUGGGUGCUCUUUAAGUUGAUUAAAAGAGAUUAUUUAAUGAAUUCACAUCCAAAAUUUUCAGUUAUGUGCAUUUUACUUAGAUCUCUCUGCACUGAAAAAGUUGAGUAUGUGUUAGAAAUAAAAUCACAAACUACUAUCAUCAUACCCAGAUCUGAAUUUAUUCAGUUUAUGUAUCGUUUAGAAUCUCUGGUGAUCAAAUUAUUUGAAAAACAUAAUGAAUUAGGACCAAAUAUUUUGCGUUAUGUGGAAAACAGUCUUCUAACUAACCUACAUUUGAAUCAAACGUUUAUUCAAAUUUUGAAAUCUUCAAAUGGAGAAAAUAAUUCUGAAUUAGAAAAUGAGGACUGCAAAUUUAUUUAUGAAAGAUGUGUUUUAAUCUAUAUGAAGAGCCGUCAAAAAACUUGGAGGAGUGUUAAUAACUAUAUUCCGGAAAAAGGAACAGCAAGUUUACGAGAAAGUCUAAAAGUGAUGAAUCAUAAUCAUCCUACUACAGCUUUAAAUGAAAAUAAAAACCCUACGAUUAUAAAGAAAGUGAACUUGCCGACCAACCCUAUUCAUGCUCUGGAACAACUCCGUAUAUGGGCACAGCUUGAGGGAGCAGAGGAAUCAUUUGCAAAAAUGUUCACAGUAUCGGAAUUAUUGUAG